UUAAGAUUAUUUUUUUUUACUGCAAACAAGAGCGGAAAUGGCUACUCGUCAAGCAAUGUCUAUUUGCGAUCCCUCGCGGCGGUCAGGGAAUUAUCAGCCAAGCAUAUGGACGGACGAGCGUGUGCAAUCCCUCACGGGUAACUCCACGGUACAACGAGAAGAGAAUCGUGAGAGAAUAAACGUACUAAAGGAGCAGACCAGGAAUCUGAUACGUGAGAAGCAACAAGUAGCAGAGCAGCUUCAACUGAUCGACCACCUGCAGCAGCUCGGCGUGGCUUACCACUUCAAAGACGAGAUUGUAGAAGUUUUAAGUCGUCUUCAUGCUUCUUUAGACCAUGUGAGCUCGCAGCUGAAGGAUGAUCUGCAUGCCACGGCGCUGCUCUUCAGGUUCCUCAGAGCAAAUGGUUUCUCUGUUUCACAAGAUUUGUUCGAGACAUUUAGAGACGAGAUUGGAAACUUCGAAGCUCGCUGUGAGAACCAGAUCAGAGGGCUUCUGAGUCUGUACGAAGCUUCCUACAUCGAGAAGGAAGGAGAGACAGUGCUAAAGGAAGCCAUGGAUUUCGCGACUGAGCAGCUGAAAGAAUUCAUGGAGGAAGGAUCUGUUCCUGAGUCUGGCGGUCUCAGAGAUCAGGUAGCCCAUGCGCUGCAGCUUCCACUGAAUUGGCGGGUGGAGAGAGUGCAGCACAGGUGGUUCAUUGAAGCAUUCCGUGGAGACGACACCAUCAACCCUCUCCUCCUGGAGUUUGCUAAGCUCGACUUCAAUAUGGUUCAGGACGCGUACAAGAGUGAACUCAGAGAGCUCUCCAGAUGGUGGUCCGGGCUCGGGCUUUCAGAGAAGCUGCCAUUUUCUAGGAACAGAUUAACUGAGGGCUAUCUGUGGACAGUUGGUUUCACUUAUGAACCAGAUAACCGGAGAUGCAGAAUGAUAGACACAAAGGCAAUCUGUUUUAUUACAGUGAUUGAUGAUAUUUACGAUGUUUAUGGAACCUUGGAUGAACUCCAGCUCUUUACUGAUGUCGUCGACAGAUGGGACUUAACUGCCAUGGACAAACUUCCAGAGUACAUGAAACUAUGUUUCUUUGCACUCUUCAACAUGGUGCACGAAGAAGGCUACUGGGUGAUGAAGGAGAAAGGCUUGGACAUUGUGCCUGGCUUAAAGAAAGAAUGGGGAAAUCUAUGCAAAGCAUACUUUGAGGAAGCAAAAUGGUUCCAUCAUGGACAAACUCCCAAGCUCCAAGAGUACUUGGAGAAUGGUUGGGUAUCAAUCUCUAAUCCGAUUAUGCUAUUUAAUGCUUACUGCAUGGGCAAAGACUUAACUGGAGAGGCCUUGAAAAAUUUUCCUAGUUACUAUCAGAUCACACGCUCCUGCAGCACACUUGCUCGUCUUUACGAUGAUAUGGGCACUUCCACGGAUGAGAUAGAAAGAGGCGAUGUGGCAAAAUGUAUUCAAUGCUACAUGCAUGAGAAAGGUGUUUUAGAGGAAGUGGCACGUAGGGAGAUAAGAGAAUUAAUACGGAAAUAUUGGAGAGAAUUGAAUGGAUCUCUUAGUUGGGAUUCUCCAUUGGAAGAGUACUUCAAAAAUAUAGCAAUCAACAUCUCUCGGACGGCACACUUCUUUUAUAAUGAUGGGGAUGGAUAUGGCAAGUCGGAUGGAGAAACUAAGUCUCAAAUUAUUUUGAUGUUAUUCGAACCUAUCCAAAUCUAGAAGGAAUGCACACAUGUUCUUGUACUCUUGUUGUUGUAGACGGGAGGAUGGAUACCGUCUUAAUAAAAUUUGUAUUCACCUAUCUAUAUAUAAUGUUUUAUCCAAUUAAAUAAAUGGAAAGUUUUCUAUUUUAA